AUGUUUUCAUCGAAUAAUCUUCUGUCUCAAGCUAAACAACGUGGCUCUGAAUUCGUCGUCAAAGUAAAUCAUCGUAUGUUAAUCGAUAAAAUACUCGCUCGAUAUUCAUCAGAUUUUGUUGUUUGUCGAGAGCUUAUUCAAAAUGCAGAUGAUGCUAAAGCAACAUCAUUUUCAUUCGAACUAACAUGCGAAUCGAAUGAUUCAAGGAAAACAACGUUUGAUAACAACAUUAUUACUGAAAUUCGUGCAGUUAAUAACGGAACGAUCUUUACGGAAACCGAUUGGCAACGAGUAGCAUCAAUUGCAGAGGGCAAUACUAAUAUUGAAUCAGUGGGACAAUUUGGUGUUGGAUUUUUUUCCGUCUUUUCAUUUUCAGAAGAGCCAAUCAUUGUAUCAGGUAAACAAUGUAUGGCAUUUACUUGGCGAGAUGAUGAAUCAUUGACAACAUAUCGUUAUGAAUUAGAUAGCACGCAACAAUCUAAUUUGACUUCUAUUAUUCUAAAAAUGCGAAGUAAAUAUGUUCUUAAUGCUGAAAAAGCAUUGACCGAUAGAGACGAUGAACUCUAUUCUGAACCGGCAACUAAUGGAAAGAUGACAAGUGCAGCUAAAAUCGGAGUCAUCCCAACGAUCAAUUUAUCUCAGAUAAAAGCUUAUUUCACUAAAGGUAAAUAA